CGCAAGAAUAUAUGAAAAGUGAAGUAUGCGAGACCUAACAGCUCAGGUAACAAGCAGUCUGCUGCAGUUUCCAGAAGUGACUAUCCAAGCGCUCGGGGAAGAUGAGAUAACUUUGGAGUCUGUACUUCGGGGAAAGUUUACUGGAGGGAGGAAUGGACUGGCUUAUCUGACAUGUGGUCCUCAACUGGAAGUAGUAAACUCUGUUACAGGAGAGCGACUAUCUGCAUAUCGUUUCAGUGGAGUAAAUGAGCACCCUCCUACUGUUCUUGUGGUAAAGGAGUUUUCCUGGCAAAAAAGAAUUGGACUGUUAGUUGGACUGGAAGAAGCAGAAGGUAGUGUUCUUUGCCUGUAUGACCUGGGAAUAUCAAGAGUGGUUAAAGCAGUUGUUCUUCCAGGAAGGGUAACUGCUAUAGAACCCAUAAUAAGUCACGGAGGAGCCAGUGUGAGCACCCAGCAUUUGCACCAGAGUCUACGAUGGCUUUUUGGUGUGGCAGCCGUGGUAACAGAUGUUGGACAUAUCCUUCUGGUGGAUCUUUGUCUGGAUGAUUUGUCAUGUAGUCAGAAUGAAGUAGAAGCAUCAGACCUAGAAGUGAUCACUGGGAUCCCUGCUGAAAUCCCACAAAUAAGAGAAGCUGUGAUGAGAGAAGGGAGACAUCUUUGUUUCCAGCUGUUGAACCCAUCAGGCACAGCAGUAUCCACCCUGUGUUACAUAAGCAGGAGCAACCAGCUGGUUGUGGGUUUCUCAGAUGGCUAUCUUUCACUGUGGAAUAUGAAAACCUUGAAGAAAGAGUAUCACUUUCAGUUAGAAGGAGGAAGGAUUCCUGUGUAUGCCGUUACUUUUCAAGAACCUGAAAAUGAUCCCCGCAACUGCUGUUACUUAUGGGCUGUUCAGUCCACGCAAGAAAGUGAAGGUGAUGUUGUGAGUUUACAUCUGCUGCAGUUGGCCUUUGGUGACAGAAAGCGCUUGGCAUCCGGACAAAUUAUGUAUGAGGGCUUGGAGUAUUGUGAAGAAAGGUACAGUCUAGACCUCACAGGUGGUGUCUUUUCCUUAAGAGGACAGACGAGCAAUACCAAAUUGCUUAGUUGUCAGACCAUAGAAAAAUUUCGAAUCCAUGUUGACAGAGAAGAUGGCAUGAAUGAAGUGAUAUCUCCUGAUACCAGUGUGUCAGUCUUCAGCUGGCAAGUGAACACAUAUGGUCAGGGCAAACCAUCUACUUAUUUGGGCAUAUUUGACAUAAAUCGUUGGUAUCAUGCUCAGAUGCCAGAUUCUUUAAGACCAGGGGAAUUUCUUUAUAAUUGCCCCUAUUUUGCAUUAUGGUCACUGGACGCUGUUGUGAGUAUGACUUCUCCACACCACAUCUUGGAUCUUCUGGUACAUGAAAGAAGCUUAAGUCGUGGAGCUCCUCCUUCUUACCCACCACCUGAGCAGUUUUUUAAUCCAAGCACCUACAAUUUUGAUGCUACUUGUUUAUUGAACUCUGGAGUUGUUCAUCUGACUUGCACUGGGUUUCAGAAAGAGACCUUGGAUUUUUUAAAGAGAUCUGGUCCUUCUUUAAAUGAAGCCAUUCCUGAUAGCUACAAUAGAUGUCUUGUAGCUGGUUUGCUGUCUCCAAGACUAGUUGAUGUACAGCCCUCUAGUUUAAGUCAGGAGCAACAGUUGAAAGCUAUACUAUCAGCUGCUGUCCAGACAAGUUCCUUAGGACUUCUUACUGGCUCCAUCAAACACUGGACAGCUGAAGAACAACCGAGUUCUGCUGCUAACCUGCGCUUCGUUCUUGAGUGGACAUGGAAUAAAGUAAUUUGCACAAAAGAAGAAUUUCACCGUAUAUGUGUUCCACUGUUCGAUGGCUCAUGUAAUUUCAUUGAUCCACAAACCAUACAAUCUCUUCAGCACUGUCAGUUGCUUCUGAGCAAUCUUAGUACGGUCUUAAACUGCUUUCUAACAGAAGCACAAGAGCUGACUGACAAAGGUCUUACAGAUUUGACAAACAAGCAAGUUGUAACCAGCCUUAUAUCUCACUAUGUACAAGUGGUCAUCUGGUUUUGCAGGUCCAAUCUACUUCCAGAGGGUCUAGAUGAUAUGCAAUUGUCUAGGCCAUUUUACAAUUAUCAACUAAUACAAAGUUACUAUACUGGUCAUCGACAGAAACUUGAACGUUUGUCAAGAGGGAAAUGGGACUCAGAUUGCUUGAUGAUUGAUGGACUACUUUCCCAGUUAGGCAGUCCAGUCGAGAAAUUGUGGCGAAGAGAUGAAGGAGGAACUGGAAAAUACCCCCCUGCCAGCCUACAUGCACUGCUUGAUCUCUAUUUGUUAGAAAAUAUUGAAGAAACUUACAAACAUGCAAUUUCAAUUUAUUUGCUGCUAGAUAUUAUGCAGUUCUUUCCAAACAAAACAGAGACAUCAAUUGACUCAUUCCCAACUGCUUUUGCUAUCCCUUGGGGUCUGGUGAAGCUUAUUCAAGGCUUUUGGCUUUUGGAUCACAAUGACUAUGAGAAUGCAUUGACCCUUCUGUUUCAUCCAGCUACAAUCAAAACCAUGUCAUGGCAACAUAUGAAAAUUAUUCAAGCUCUGAUGUGUCAAGGAGAGCAUAGACGAGCCCUGAGAUAUAUACAGAUGAUGAAGCCAGCCAUGUCAAAUAGCAGUGAAGUGCAGCUUCAUCUCACCGUGUUAUUGUUUAAUAGGUGCAUGGUAGAGGCUUGGAGUCUAUUGCGGCAGCACUCCACCAGGCUAAAUAUAGAAGAGCUGUUAAAACACAUGUUUGAAAUCUGCCAGGAGAUGGGGCUAAUGGAAGAUUUACUUAAACUACCAUUCACCAGUACUGAACAAGAGUGUUUAGAGAAGUUUUUGCAAACCUGUGCUGGUGUUCAGAAUCAUGAGUUCCUGUUAGUCCACCAUCUCCAGCGUGCCAACUACAUCCCAGCAUUACAGUUGAAUCAAUCAUUAAAGGUUAAUCUCAUGAAUGACCGUGAUCCUCGUUUGAAAGAGAGAUCCAUUGCCAGAAAUUCUAUAUUGGAUCAGUAUGGAAAGAUCCUUCCCAGAGUGCAGAGGAAGCUGGCUGUUGAGAGGGCCAAACCUUACCAUUUGCCUUCGUCGAUUUUGCGGGAAGUUUCAAGGCCCAAGCCAUUAUCAACAGUGGCAAAACAAGCCACUGCAGCAAAUGUGCUUACAAGAGCAACUUUCAUCAAUAAUGUAUUGUCCAAAAUUGGAGAGGUGUGGACAGGAAAUGAAUUGAAGAGUAAUUAUUCACAGUGUGAUAGUCCUAGAACUGAAGAACCACCACCUGAGCUGCUCCCUGGUACAGAAUUACCUGAACCAUUCAUUGGAACCCCAAUUACAAAGUCUUCACGUAAAAGUUCCAGAUUGCUGGAUUUGGUGGUUUGUCCAGUUCCUCUGUAUUCUCCAGCACUUGAGAGGAGUUGGCAGACACCCUGUAGAGUUGCUGCUUCUUGCAUCGUUUCCAGCCCACUGCAGUCAACGUCACAGAGUUCCGUGUCUCACAAGAAAGUUUCAAGACCAUCAGAGUUAAAUUUGCUGGAGACUCCUAUUGUGGUUAAGAGAGCCAAAGCUUUAGCCACAUCUGCUGCUUCCUCUGGUUUCCCUGGGUUUACUCCUCAAUCUAUUUUGAGAUCCAGUCUUCGCACCACACCUGUAGCAACUCCUUCUGUAUCACCAGGAAGAUCAAUAACUCCUCCUUUACGGGCAAAGGAAACUAGAAUUUCUUUCCUGGAAGAGAACACAACUACAAAAUGGACAGCUGGGGUGACAGGAGAUAAUACACAAUUUAUAGCUUCAUCUCAACAUAGUCUUGGAGUUCAAAUGGAGGGCACUGUGUCUAAGAACAGAGAUGAAGUUGCUCCCUUUACUUCGAGCAGUCAUGAGGAAGAUCAUGUUGAAUUGGAUGAAUCCUCAGAAGACAUAACAGGAGAUGACUUGGAGAAAAUGGAAGUCAGCAAAGAAACUAGUGAUUUUUCUGCCAGGUCAGACCAAACUACUUUGGAAUAUCAAGAUGCAAAAUCACCAGGUGAUUUUGAAGAUGAUGUUAUCUUUAUAGCCUUGAAACCAGCAGAUUCCUCCACUGAAGAUGCUGCUGAUGUACAGAAGAAAAUGGAAGAAAAAAUUAGUGAAGUGGUAGAAAACAAACCUUCACAGACUGAACAAGCAGCUUCUUCAGAGUUGGAGAAACAAACUGAAUUUGAGGGAAAUUUGAAAACUGAAUGUCCCACCCUUCCUGAAAAUGGUGCAUCAGCAUAUCAAGCUGCUGAGGCCUCUGCUCCUUUGACAGCGAGUGAAAGUUCACAAGCUGAAACCAUCAAUCAGGAGCCCCAAAUUCAGUCUUCAUCAGAAGAAAGAGAACUGCUUAUUACAAUAAGUUCGCAGUCCUUGGAACCACCAAGAACAGCUGCAAUCGGUAUACUUGACAGUGAGGAAGUCAUUAGAACUCACUCAGAAAAUCAGCUUGGAAAGGAAAAAGGUACAGACUUGCAUGAAAACCAGAACCCAGAGGAGGCUGCAGUAGCAGAAAAUGUUCUCUUGCAAGAAGAAAGAACAACUUCUAACAGGGUUCCUGAGACUCAAAUUCAUAUUGUUGAAGAUGGCACAUUUCAUGCACAAGCUGCAGAAGAAGCAGCCAAAACAUCUCCAGGCAAUGAGCUACAUCCAUCUGACAGUCUUAAACUUCAGUAUAAUUAUGGUUUUGUCGAAGAUCAGUUCCCUUGUGAUUUACUGGAUAGUAAAGACACUGAUGAAAAUGAUGCAGCUGAAGGGGAUGCAGAGCUUUUAUCUCAGGACAAUUUUACUUUAGUUUUAGAAGGAGAAGAAGGGGAAGCUGAAACAGAAGAACCUGCAGGAUUAGAUUCUAUUUCUGAACCAGUUAGCAGAAAAAUAGAGGACAAAUGUAUCAGUAGCCUAGGAAGUACUGACAGCCAAGAGUGUGUUACGAAUUCAGUGUCCACUGUAACUAGUGACCAAGAGUCUCAAAAUCUGGCAGAAGCACUCCCAUAUGUGCCUGAGCCUAUUAAAGUUGCUAUUGCUGAAAAUUUAUUAGAUAUAAUCAAAGACACAAGAAGUAAAGAAUUCACUUCUGAAGUUGUAGAACAGUCGAUUCAUGAAAGUAUACCAUUAAUAGGUAAGAAGGUAACUGGUUUCCAGAAGUCAAAGACUUCACUAACAUCUGUUCAGGAAACAAGUGAAGAUACUUCCACUGUUCCACAAGUAGAGUAUGUUGUCACCCCUAGAACACGCAAAAGGGGACAAAUGAGCAAAAGUCUACGUAUCCCUUCAACUGAUGAACAGUUGUCAAGGAUAGGUAAGCCAGAUCUGUUGGGACUAUCUAUCCUCAGGAGAAGUGCUAGACGAACUUCAGAAACUUCUGAAAGUUCUCGGCUUCAGUUGAAGGAAAAAGUUCAAGAUGAACGAAUAGCUUCAGUCCCUGUUACACCUAGGAGAGGCUCCAGGAAAACUAAGUUGACUACUUUAGAAAAAUCAGCAAAUGUUCAUUCUAGCCAUUCAGAGGAGCUACAAAUAGCUGCUACUCCAAGGAGAGGGUUAAGGAGAACAAAGCAAGCCACGCAAGAACUUAAUGAGCAGGUUGAUGAGGAAACAUCAUUUGCUGAAGAUGCAAUAAAGUUGUCUGCUACUUCUAGAAGGACUGGCAGAGGUUCAAAAAGUUCAGUAGGGUAUAGAGGAAGAAGGCAACUCAUCACUGAUCACAAGUUAAAAAUGGUAGUCAGUCCCAGUAGAAGCACAAGAAAAUUAAAGAGAGUUAGUUUACAACUUACUGAAAAUAUCAUUAGUGAUCAGGACCCCAGUGAGCAGCAGUUGCCUGUGCCAGCUAGAAGAGGAAGGAGAAGAAAAAUGGGUACACCACAGAUUUUAGAAAAAUCUGAGCGUGACUCAUCUAUUUCAUCUCUUCAUCAAUUAGAACUUAAACUCCCUGUCACUCCUAGAAGAAAUUUUAGGCGCGGGGCCCUAAAUUUCCCAGCAAGUUCAGAAUCUCUACUUUCUCAGGAAGACGUGCAUUCAGGAGAGAGCAAGAAAAUGCUUGACACUCCAAGAAGAUCAACAAGAGUUACAACUAUUAAAGCAGAAAAAACAGAUACUGGAGAACCCACUCUAGAGAAAACACCUGUUCAGCCAGUAUUGGCUACCAACAAGACUCCAAGAAAGCGUGGACGUCCAAGCAAAAAGAGCCAACUGCCAUCAGUGUUGCAGGAAAUUGCAGAAGAAGUAGUCUUGCAUCAAGGAACUGAGGGAAGUCCUUUGCCAACUGCAGACGCAACUAAAUCAAGGUUUGAUGAAACAGUGAGGACUCUAGCUGACAGUGAUAGUCGUGUCACAAGGACCAGAUCCAGUAAAAUCAGCAUGCAUCAGAACCUUUCCAUAGAGGAAAACAAAUCCUUCUUUUUCUCUCCUCCUCUCACAAAGCUGACAAAGAAAUCACAAGCUGAAAAAACAGAGGAUCCUGUACAGCUCAAGGAUUUAGAUCCAGAAUUGUCUUCCCAGUUUGUCUUCUCACCCCCUCACUUGAGGUCCAGGAGAAAACAUGUACCUGCUAUUUCAAGGAUUGUGAAAGAGCUGGAUCUUCCCACUAAAGAGGAGGAAGAUACCAAAUCCACAGAAUCUGUGGGAAAGCAGAAGGUGAAGAGAGGUAGAAUUGCAAAAGCAAAAACGAAGCAAGCAAGCAAAGCCACAGGGAAAGAAAGCUCUUGGUCACCUCCACCAGUAGAGAUUAAAUUCAUUUCUCCUUUUGGAAGUUCAGUGGAUGGGACAAGAGGCAAACAGAAAGAAUCCGCAGAAGCAACAGAAAAGACUCUUCGAAAGAACAAAAAGAGACUGUCUAAUUUUCCAAAGCCAGUUGUGCGCCGGAAGAUGCUAUAACUGUUUUUUUAAGUUUGUAAUGUACACCACUGUUUGUAAAGUCAUCAGAAUUGUGUGGAUUAUUAAAUAAGAACAAAAUCAUCUAAUUUGGAAGAGAAUAAUUUAUAUAAAUUAUUGUAAAAUUUCAUAAACAAAUGGUCUUCAAUAAGUAACUCCAUAUGGAGUGUGAUUUCUUCAGUCAAUGCAGUUUUUUCUAUUUUAUAUUAAGACUUCAUACAUUUAUAUAAUAUGUAAAUACAGCUUAUUUUAGGAAUGUUAAAUAAAACUGUAUACUUCACAAUAUACAUAUUGUCUAUUAGCUUUUUGAGGGAAUAAGCGUUGAGUGGCCUGAAUUGCUUGAGGGCAUCUUAAUGUUGGCUUGCUGCAGUUGGUACCCCUCAAAUCUGAGGCCAAAACUUGUUUUUUAAUGGUUUGUUUUUACUUAAUGAAUAAAAAAUAAAAAUCUGACAACUGUUUUAAAAUUUCUAGAAAAAUGUUUGACCCGUUGGCACCAAUAGUUGGGACUGCAACACAACUGCUAAUUCCAUAUAUACAUGACUAAGAUGUACUGUAUUGAAGUCGGAAUGUAAACAAUUGUAUUGAAGCUGUGCAAUAUUUUUUGUAUUUGUCUUAAAUUUUGGAAAAGCUGCUCUUGAGUUUAUAAAACUAGAUCACACCUCAGCUGUUUCACUUUUUUCAUGCCUAACUAUAUGUACUUGAAUGCUUAUAGUAAUGUAUUAUAUAUAGUCCAUCAGAUUUAAAGGGGCUUUGUUCACAUUGAAUUUUGUCCCAAAAUUGGAAAACAUAUUUCCAUAACAUUGAGAGAAAUUCUACCACAACUUAAGUAAUGAACAGUUGUCUGCAAGCAUGUAUUAUCCUGUAACAUUAGAAAACCCAUGCACUGCAGCACAGGAAAACCUUUAGGUGAAUUGGAUUUCCUUUACUUCAAGCAGAGAGAAAUGCAUAAAGUGUCCAAAGAUCAUAGCUACGAACUAGAUUUUUUUUUUCUCACCUACUUUAUUGAAAACUAGGUUGUGAAAAAUUUCCUUAUACAGUCUAAAAUAACACGAAUUAUAAGGGAAGAAGGUAUUCCUUGUUAAGGCAGAUAUUGGAAGUGUUAUUUUGGUCUCCUAAGGCAUCAGCCUUAAUUCUUUUGGACAUUUUUUAUGACAUUUUAUGUAUGUUAAUUUGUAUCUAGAUGCAACUUUGAAGACUUUACAAUAGAGUGGGACUUGAAAUUAAACUUUUUAAUUAGUGAAAGCUACUGCAGUUACAUGAAGAAAUAAUUUAUCAGGUAACUUAUACCUUAUACAUAAUGAGUGAACAUAUUAAUAAUUAAGAUUUGAAAAAGAAAAUGUCAUUGGCAGUGUGUUUGAUUUCUCAAAACAGGGUAGUCUAGAGAAGCAGUUGUGUGCACUUUAAAUAAUUGUCUCCUUUGGAAUAUCCUUGGAAGAGUUUCUGGAAGUAGUAAAAAAAACAAAAAACAAAAAAACAUGCCAAGCAUUGACAGUGUGAAAGUGGCAGUUCGGGUGAGACCUUUCAGUCAGGUUAGUAGUUAUUAUUCUGAAUGUUACUAUACUUAGAUUUAUGUUUUAGUAGGCUUCUUUUAAGGGUAAACUCUGAAGCUCUAACGUGAGAAGAUUAUAGGGCUGUUACCAAAAUAAAAUGUAGUCGUGCAGUGAAUAACUUAAAGGGGCGAACUUUAAAAUGGCAAAAGAAAACCGAUUUAAGGAAACCCUGAGUUGUACAUCCUUAAAAUGUUGUUUUAAGUGUUUAAAUACCUCUUAAAAUAGAACUGAAUUAAUAAAAUUGUGGUGAAGGUUGCUUCACAGGAUUUUAA